AUGGCAGCCCGGUCUCGGAAGGACAGGCAGGCCUGCUGGGGCGCCCGCGACGCCUACUGGACGCGUCUGGACGAGAACACGGAGGACACCUCUCAGUGCAAGAAAUUAAGGCGCUCGUUUGAAUCCAUCUGUCCCCAGCAGUGGACAAAAUAUUUUGACAAAAGAAGAGACUACUUAAAAUUUAAAGAAAAAUUUGAAGCAGGACAAUUCCAACCUUCAGAAAAAACUGCAAAGUUGUAG